CGUUAUGUUUUUGAAAACAGUGGCGGGCAGCAGUAACAGACCCUCUACACCGGGUAACUUUAAUUAUUGUACAUAAACUACAUUAAAUGGCGCGCACUCGAUGUAGCAACGACAGACUGACCCUUCCACUGUAUGUCUAAACCUCAAAGACACACCAUGAACUGAGCAACACUUACAAAAACAAUGUAGCUAAAGUUAGCCGUGUAGCAUCCAACCGAGCUGCUUGCUAGACCGGUUGGCGUUAAUUACCAGAGUCUGGAGAGCAAAACGUAACAUGACAACAGACACACUGUGUUGUGCACUCGUCAGUGUUGAUCACUGACGAGUAAGGUUAGACAAAUUAACUAAUACGUUUUAGAUAAACUAUAUAGCUGAAAUUCGUCCAUUUUCUUGAGACAAGUUACACGGGUCGCUAGCUUGCUAGGUUAGCUGAAGUAAUUUUGGUCACCACUGACUGAGAUACAGAACUGACGCCGUCUGUCGUCCUCUCGGCUCUCGGCUUUAGAGCGUAAACGGUUUUUAGGUUUUAAAGGUUUUAUUUAAAGGUAGUGGUUUGAUCCACUCUCCUAACUACCCUAUGUCCCCUGAGCCUGUACGUGUGGGUCGGAAACGGCCUUUACCCUCCUGUCCAAACCCUCUUUUUCUCUUCUGGCUGACCGAGAUGCGCGACCACGCCAAAGAGAAGGGGCUGAAGACCCAGUACGUGUACCAGAAGGCUAUCGACUCUCUGAAGAAGUAUCCUCUACCUCUGAAAAACGGCAAAGAGGCGAAGAUCCUGCAGAACUUUGGAGACGGUAUCUGUAAGAUCCUGGAUGAACGGCUUCAGAAGUACUACCGCGAAAACGGUGUCGAUGCCUCAAUCCACACCCUUCCCAGUGGUCCAUCUCAAACCUGCAGUACCAACCUGGCUCCCCCCAAACCUUCCUCAGCCUCCUCCAAGGACCCUUCUCUAGAGGGUGGAGCAAAUAUGAGGAAUGCGGAAGGUGAUGCAGGAAAAGAAAAAGGAGGCAAGAAGAAGAGGGAGUAUGUGCCUCAGAAGAGGUCUGGAGGCUAUGCUGUUCUGCUCACACUGUACAGACAUUCACAGGUACCUGGCAGUAAAGGCUUCAUGUUUAAAAAUGAACUACAGACUGAGGCCCAGUACCUUUGUGACAAAUCCUUCACUGUGCCUGAGCUCGGCAGUAAAUACACAGCGUGGUCCUCAGUUAGCACCCUCAUCCAGAAAGAUCUGCUUCUGAAGACACACAACCCUGCCAGGUAUUCAUUGACAGAGCUAGGUCUGGCUCUAGCAGAGAAACUGGAGUCUGGAGAGAGAGGGAGAAAUGAUAGACAAGAAGAGCAGAAGAAGAGUGAGGCUGAAAACUCGGAGGAUGGACCAGUUACUGUUGAUCUGACUCUGGACAAAGAUAAAGAUGAUGAGGAUGAAGGUGAAGAUAGCUGUUCCACGAGAGAGGCACCUACCACAGCUGUCACAGAAACCCGGGCAGAAAUUAUUGCUCCUAGUUCUGGUCUAUCAGGAAAGUGCCAGACUUCACCACCUUUAGGAGAAUGCCUUCUCCCUGGUUCUUAUGAUAUUGUACUCUGUGUUGACUUUAUUGAGACUACUGGGGGAAACACAGCACGCAAACAAGAACUGGUCAAGGAGCUGCAGAGGAAUGGAGUCACCUUUGACAUCAGGAAACUGAAUGUGGGAGACUUCCUGUGGGUUGCGCGUGAGAAAGUGACACCUGUGCCUGGUCAGUUGCGCCCACCUGUGGCCAAGGAGCUGGUUCUUGAUUACAUCAUUGAGAGGAAGAGGAUGGACGACCUGUGUGGCAGCAUCAUGGAUGGACGCUUCAGAGAACAGAAGUUCCGUCUGAAGAGGUGUGGUCUUCAUAAGCCCAUUUACCUGGUAGAGGAGUGUGGGUCGGCAGCAGCUCAUAUGAGUCUACCAGAAAGCACUUUACAACAAGCAAUAGUUAACACACAGGUGGUGGAUGGCUUCUUUGUAAAGAGAGUGCAGGAUGUCAAGGAGUCAGCUGCCUACCUCACAGUCAUGACCAGAUACCUGCAGAAACUUUACCAGAACUGCACAUUGUUCUGUCACAGCAGAGAACUGGAGGGAAAUGGAGAUUUUGAAGUAGAAAAUGGAGUCACAGAGAGAGAGAACCCACGCUGCUCACUCAUCUCCUUCACAGAGUUCAACUAUGGAGCUGUGAAAAACAAGUGUCAGACAGUGAGGGAUGUGUUUGCUAGACAGCUGAUGCAGAUCAGUGGAAUCUCUGGUGAUAAAGCAGCUGCCAUAUUGGAACACUACAGUACAGUGAGCAGUUUGUUGAAAGCAUAUGCCCAGUGUGCUACUGAAGCAGAGGGAGAAAAACUCCUGUCCUCCAUCAAAUAUGGCAAACUCAAAAGACAUUUUCCUAGAAAUCUUGGGCCAGCCUUGAGUCGUACUAUAUACCAGCUUUACUGUACUCGUGGAUCCCUGUCGUGAUCACACACUCUGUAUCCUUAUUGGCCAGAACUGCAAUGCAGUGUACCAGGUUGCUGCUCUUUAUGUUGUUCUCUAUUUUUGGGGGAUUUUGCAUUUGCAAAACGUGUGUAAAAUAAAGAUUUGAUUUUCA